GAUGCUGGUGCCAUGGCAGUCGUCCCUGCUCAGUCGCUCCGGGUCUCCGAAAUCCGGGACCCCGCGGCCCUGUUCGAGCGCUACAAUACCGAAGAGAUUCGGGCGGUCGAGCGCAAGGUCCGGGGUGAGAUCGAGCAGAAGAAGGAGGAACUCCGGCAGAUGGUCGGGGAGCGCUACCGGGAUCUGAUCGACGCCGCGGACACCAUCGGCGAGAUGCGACAGUGCUCGGAGAGUGUGGUCCAGUCUAUCCAGGACAUGUACCGGUACUGCAACAAGCUGAAACAGGGGAAGGGUCCCGCUCCUGCGAACAGCAAACAAGAGAGCCAGAGACAGACCCAGGAGAAGUUCUACAGCAUGGCCUCGCAGAUCAAGCUGCUGCUGGAGAUUCCCGAGCGCAUCUGGAGCUCCAUGGAGGCGUCGCAGUACCUGCGCGCCACACAGCUCCACCUGCUCUGCUGCCACCUGCACAGCCUGCUGGGCCUGGAGGGCGGGGCCGCCCACUACAGCCCCGUGCUGGCGCGCUUCCCCAUCCUGGUGCGGCAGGUGGCCGCCGCCGGCCACUUCAGGGCCACCAUCCUGCAGGACAGCAAGUCCCUCCUGCGGGGCCGGGCGGUGUCCGACCAGGCCAUCACCGAGGCGCUGGUCUCCACCAUGCUGCUGGAGGACAGCUCCCCGCGCCAGGCCCUGGCUGACUUCCUCCUGGCCAGGAAGGCCUCCAUUCAGCAGCUGCUCAACCAGCCACAGCAUGGUGCGGGGAUAAAGGCACAGGUGUGCUCGCUGGUGGAGCUGCUGGUGACCACACUGUACCAGGCCUACGCCGUGUUCUAUACUCCCCCCGAGGGCCGGCUCGCCGACCCGGGGCUCAGCUGCGGCCUGCUCUUCACCACCCUGGAGAGCGUGACCUCCACCACGGCUGCAGGUAAAGGUCAGAAGGUCCUGCAGGAGGAGGUGAGUGCUGGCAGCUGGUUUAAGUACCUGCCUUCCUCCAUCCUGGACUUCCAGCCGGCCCUGCGCACCCUGGCCCAGCCCAUCCAGGGGGAGCAGCUACGGGACACCCUGCAGCAGUGGAUCGACACGUGUAAAGAGGACGUGCGCAGUGGGGUCAGCAGACUGCUGGUGUACGUGAAGAGUCUGAAGGGCCUGGCCGCCAUAAGGGACGCCGUGUGGGACCUCCUCAGCAGCGAGUCCAUCAGCCAGCACUGGAGCAACGUGUGUCAGCGGCUGCUAGAGCGCCCCCUGGUCCUCUGGGAUGACUUCCUGCAGCAGCUGUUCCUCGAGCGUCUUCAGGCUCUGACCCGGGAGGGCACGGAGGGCGUGUCCAGCAGCUCCCGGCAGCUCCUGACCUCCACGCUGCGUGAGCUGGAGGGGCAGUCCAGCAGAGCGGCGCAGUUCGAGAGCGACGUGGCCUCCUUCCUGUGGGCGGAGUCGCCGGGGGACCUGGCGAGCGACGCGGCCUGGGUGGGCGUGGCCCAGCGCAGCCCGCACCACCGCAGCGGCCUGGCCAUGAAGACGCAGGCCCUCACGCCCUGCGUGCAGACCUUCUGCGCCGCCCUGGACGCCAAGCUGAAGGCGCAGCUGGACGACCUCCGCCACUACCUCCCCGCGGAGAAGGACGGCAAGGAGGGCGCCGAGCCCCACCCCGCGGCGGGGGGGGCGUCCGCCUUCGACCGCUUCACGGACGCCGGCGUGGUCGAGGACACCCUGAGGGAGCACUGCCUGGCCUGCGUGCGGGACGUCCUGGCCUGCGUGCGCUCCGAGCUGGGCGCCGCCCGGGGGGACCCGCGGAGCCCCCGCCCCCCGGCGCAGCUGAGCUCCGUGCUCUUCAUGGCCAGGCUCUGCCAGUCGGUUGCCGAGCUCUGCCCCAACCUGAAGCAGUGCAUCCUGGGAAAGCAGGGCGCCGUGGACCCCGUGGCCCGGGGCACCCCGCGGCAGGGCAGGAAGCUGGGGAAAAGCGGCACCAAAGCAACGGAGGUCAGCCCCGCCCAGGCCAGGUGGGCGGGGCUAAAGGAGGAGCUCCAGUCUUGCAGCAUGGAGGCAUAUCGCAUCUGGACCUCCGCCCUCUCCAAGGAGCUUGUGAGGAGCUUCACAGUCACGCUCCACGCAGACUCCCCCGGCACCAUCCUGGGAACAUCCACAAACUGGGAGGAGCUGGAGAUACAGGAGGAGACAGAGUCAGGGAGCAGCGUCACGUCCAAAAUCCGCCUUCCUGUCCAGCCCUCAUGGUACGUGCAGUCUCUGCUUUUCCAUCUGUGCCUAGAGGUCAAUAAGGUCGGAGGUCACGCCCUGCCGAAGGUCACCUUGCAGGAGCUCCUGAGGGGCUGUUUAGACCAGGUCGUGAGUGAAUACGAGAAGCUCACCCAACGUGCUCAGAACAAGGACGUCUCCUUCCCCGUGACCCAGAACAGAGCGCUGCAGCUGCUGUUUGACCUGCGCUUCCUCAGCGCCACCCUCAGCGUCCGCCCAGAGGACGGCAAGACCGCCCGCUCCUCGCAGGAGCCCAGAGUCCAGGAGGUGUGUGAUCUCCUCGAGAGCUACAUUGACCCCUUCGACCUUGACGUGUUCACCCCUCCGCUGAACAGCAACCUGAACCGCCUGUCACAGAGAACCUCGGUGCUGUUGGGCCUGCUGACUGGCGCAGAGAAGCAGUUCACCCCCCGGGGCAACAGCGUGAGCUCCCAGGAGCCCUACAACAUCCUCCCCUUAGCCAGCAGCCAGAUUCGGUUUGGACUGCUACCCCUGAGCAUGUCCCAGUCCAGGAAGGCCAAGGCGGCGACUCGGGGCGUGGAUGUCACCCGCCCGCUGGUAACCCCUGCGUCCACACCUUCGACAGAGGACUCCUUCCGCCCAGGGAGCCUGUUCAGACAGCUGACCAAUCAGGAAGAGGAAUCCACCACGCCCUCUCUCUUCAAACUGGGCUGGCUCUCUGGCAUGGCCAAGUGAAUGUUUUAUCAUGAGACAUUUUAACGUGUACAAAGAUUGUAAAAUA